GUAAAAUGGUGCCCGUGCUGAGAUCAUAAUUAACAUUUCCAACCUACAUCAAACCCCGAACCACCCCACCCUCACCCUGCCUGCCUGCACACCGCCCCUGCACAACAAGAAUGGGGAGAGAGAGAGAGAGAGAGAGAGAGAGCGAGAGAGAGAGAGAGAGCAAGAGAGAGAGAGAGAGAGAGAGAGAGAGAGAGAGAGAGAGAGAGAGAGAGAGGGGAGGGGGAGACGCCGUAUGCUUGUAUACAACCCUGAUUUCCAUUUUUUCCCCCAAGUCGUAAUGUAUUUAAUUCAAGCGCAACGUAAUCAUGACGUGUCGUGUCAUUAAUCUCCUCGCCGCCUCGCGCGUGAUUGAAGGAGGAGUCGUGCCCUCCACAGUCCAGACACUGGAUAAUGGCAUAACACCGCACACACUGCUGAGGAUGGAUUCUCCGCCAGAUUGCAUCUUGUCCCUUUCCUGUGAGCAACCCCUGUCUCCUCCCACACUAGAGCCUAGCCCCCAGGGGCUCCAAAGCCCACAUCCGUCUCCUCAAAGUCCAGAUACGGUGCCGUACUCCCCUCUCUCUCCAUUGGUCAUUCCUGCGGCGGCUCACCACCACCAAGAGAAUGAUGAGUUAGAAGAGCAGGAUGGCGACGCACCGCCAUCGCCCACUCCGGCCGUGGCGUUAUUUCCAGGAGGAGAAGCAGGACACAGUCCAUUUUUGGACUCCUCUCCGCCAGCCACACCGUCAGCACCACUCCUCGGGUUUGGAGCCUUAGAGUUGGCUUUGUCUUCAGGCCAGAGCGGAACCUGCAAUGAUGAACUGGACCUUCAGCUUUUCCAGAAGAAUGCCAUCACCAGGGCAGCACCCGGAGUUGGAGGUUCCUCAUCUGUACCUUCGCUCAAGUUCCCUUGUCACGUGUGUGGGAAAAGAUUCCGAUUCCAAAGCAUUUUGUCUCUACACGCCCGAGCUCACAGCCUGGACAGGCAUCGUCGAGCCUCACCACAUUAUAGCAGCAUGCUCCCCUCAGCGCCCCUAAAACAGCACCUAAAGGUCCAACAGUGCAAAAAAAACAUAACCUCGAACCACAGAAAAGACUCCAACCAGUGCAUGCUGACUGCGAAUGUCAUUCAUCACCCAGAGGAAGAGGAUAUUGAUGGCGAAGUCAAAGGAUUGGAAGAGGACCUUCAAUUUGAACAAAAUCAACCCUUCCUGCUGGAUGACAGCACAGACCCUCCUUCUGUGACCACAUCGACUCCAGCAGCACCUACAUUCCGUUGCCAUGCCUGCAAAGGAAAAUUCAGGACGACUUCAGAGUUGGCACGCCAUGUAAGGAUUCUCCACAAUCCCUACAAAUGCACGAUGUGUCCCUUCUCCGCCAGUCAGGAAGCUUCCCUGGCAUCCCACCUGCAAGAGUGCCACCUUUCCUCUGAAGGGCCUGCUCUGCCGCCAGCAUUUUCCAACGGCAGGCCCAUCAGUGCACCCUCAGAGACUCCUUCAGCCCAAACCUCGGCUGCGACUCAGGUGACAUCACCUGCUAAAGUGGCAGGAUCAUCCUCACUGCCUGCAUUCCGUUGUGAAACUUGUGGACAAAGGUUCACCCAGUCUUGGUUUCUUAAGGGACACAUGCGGAAGCACAAGGACUCCUUGGACCAUAAGUGCCAGGUUUGUGGCCGUGGCUUCAAGGAGCCAUGGUUCCUGAAGAAUCACAUGAAAGUACACCUCAACAAGCUCGGUCUCAAAGCUGGCUUGGGAAACAUUGACCAACAGUCUAAAAGCUCUGCCAGUAAUCCGUCCCUGAAUGCCCUCUACUCCAGCCUCCUUUUGGCUCAGCAAGGGGGUGGCAGGGCUGGCCAAGGUAGAUCAGAUAAGGAGACCAGAGGCAAAAUGUGUUCAAGCAAGUCAGCCAUUUUGGGCUACCUCGGCCUUCCUGGAGACGGCAGCGGAGCCAGCUGCAUGGAGAGACUCCAGGCUGUCGCCCAAGUUGCAGAGAUGGGAAACAGUGUUGGUGAUAUGAGCUCAGAAGGAAGAGAGACAGGAGGAAAUAGAGGCAUAAGUGAUGCCACAGUAUCUGAAGGAAGGGAGCAGGCCGCCUGGUGGCAACUUGUGGCUCGCAGCCUGGCUGUGGCGCAGCACCACCAGCAUCAACGAGUCAAUCAGAGAAACAAGUCAAUGACAGCAGAAAGUGACCCAGUCAGAACCUAUGUUGACACUAUGGAUCCCAGAGAAGCGUCUGGAGCAGCAGAGGGCUCAUGGGAAUGCCCCGACUGCGGAAAGGUCUUCCACAGCCUCCAGCAGGUUGUCGUCCAUGCUCGUGUUCAUACUCAGAAAGCCCAGAGAGAAGGUGAUGUGCAGAGCAGUGGCAGCUCCAGAGGGAGAGGAGGCCCUGGUGAAGUGCGGCAGGAUCCUCAACUUCUCAGCAGUGGAGACAGGAGGCAAGAAUCCAAAGGAGCAUCUGCGGGCUUUCCUUCAGUCAUGCCAGCCUUGAAAGGAGAGAACGGCGCGGCAACCUUCCUUGCGUCGCUUCCCACCAGAGAGCGUGUGCGAGGCAGAGGGAUUAAAGAUUGCCCCUACUGCGGUAAAGCCUUCCGCUCAUCCCAUCACCUCAAAGUGCACCUGAGAGUUCACACAGGUGAGAGACCCUACAAAUGCCCCCACUGCGACUACGCCGGUACCCAGUCUGGCUCGCUCAAGUAUCACCUUCAGCGGCACCACAGGGAGCAGCGUAGCAUGUCGGCAGGCUCCUCCAGUACUGCCGCCAUCAACGGUCUGCCCUCUGCUAAGCAGCGCCGCUCUCAACUCAAUCACAGCCCCUCUGGCGGCGUUCCAGCUGACAGUCCUACCUUGAGGCCGACCCAACAGUCUUGGCUGCUCGGUAUUCCAGACCAGCAGGACCACCGUAAGGCCUUGGCAGCUCUAAGGGAUGUCGACCUGGAGACGCAGUACCGCUAUCUGUCAGGAGUGAUGGGGGCGCUUUACCAAGGUGGUAUGGAAGGAGCUUGGAUCAGGGAGUCCCCCCCUCCAAAAGCCCAGAAGAUAUCCCGCAGGAAGCCCCUUACCACCAACCGUAUGGUGCAACUAUCCAGCGACAAACAAGCAUCUUCAAGUCAAGGCGGUUUUGAACCUCUAGAUCUGUCCCGCCGUCCCUCACCAAGCCUCGUAGGGGUGGAAGAAGAGGGAGUCUUUCAAGAGGAAAGCUGUGGUGACCGCGUUACACUAAACCAGUGUUCCGAAUGUCCAUUUCGGACAUCCUCCUCUGAGCUCAUGAAUAUGCACCUGCAGGUCAACCACACCAGUAAAUCCAGACGCAAGAGAGGCUCUGUAUCCUCCUUCGACGAUGAUGGCGCUUCUAAAGUGAUCAAAUCCCGCCCCUAUCCCACUGAGCUCGACUCCCUUGGGAUUUGGAGGCAUGGGGAAGGGUCCUCUACCCAGACCAGAACCCUCAAUGAGCUCGCUCCUGAUGAUUAUAAUGAUGAUGAUGAUUGCCAAGAGUCCAAUUGGGCUUUGCUACCCCAAACUUUGAGUGACAGUCGGGUCCUCCAAGAGGAAGGGGAGGAGGAGGAAGAGAGUAGCAGUCUAGAGGAUUCCCCAAAACAGGAUUAGGAUACUGCACCAACCAUGAUUGGACCCGGUAGAAACAUUCUCACAGAUUAGGUUUGGAACUUCCAGAGAAAGCUAUGGUCCUGACAGGGUGGUCCUCCAAACAACAAGUAUGGACAUCUUUUUCUAUACAUUUUUCAGCCUCCAAAAUUCCUCGAGGGUGUUCAAUUUGAUGAACUGAUCCUGCAUCAUUCCAGCUUCGGUUUCUCCACGAGAGACGGACCAAACCGUUGCAAGGUCAAGGUACUGGUCCAAGUCGCGCAAAGCUGUUGAAGUGAAAGUGUGAUUUAAUUUUGCCUUCCUGUCUGAUAUGUGAGCGUUAUAGAAAAGUAGUUUUUUUGUCUGGUUUUUAAGUUAGUGCCCGUACUUCUGCUUGGAGGAUGAGGUCGGGUCACUUGUUUGACCUUGAAACCCAGCCCCAGUACACUUGGCAUUACAGUGCACUUGUAGCUCUAGUUGCGUUCUGUGAAAGUGAUGCUGAUGUCAUCGAUGUAGAUGAUGAAAAAGGAGUGAGCAAAAGCUCAAAACACAAUCAAGUGGAGAUGCUCUUCUUUGUUGGUACAGUAGGAGCACAGAUUAAAAACACUAACAAUUAAGACAAUAUAGACAUUCCAGUCGAACACGUAGCCUCUAUCACAAAAAAAUGUCAUUCCUGAAAGAAACUUAAAGAUUAUUUUGAUGUGUGUGUGUGAGCUAAAACUAGUUGGAAUGUCCUUAAUGCGCACUGUGCAAGUCUUCAAAAUACCAUAAAUACUGUGCAAGUCUUCAAAAUACCAUAAAUACUCGAUAGCCCGGGAGAUAAUUUACCUAAACCGUAAAUUGGAAGCGGGUGAUAAUUGGAAAGAGUCCGUUAAACAACCUAAAUAGUAAUUUGGAGUUCAUGAAAAAACGUAAAGAGAAAUGUAGCUCUCUGACUACAUGGUCAUUUAUUAACAAGUAUGUUGCAGAACACAGCAUCAACACCACUGAUAUAACAGCGGUUAGGCGCAAAAGUGCUCAGCCAGGAUUAAUAACACUGAUGAGUUGGUUAUAAACAACAUAACAAGUAUGUCAAGUUUAACACGAAUGUGUUUCACCAACAGCUGAGUCACAACAUUUUUAGUGCAUGCAGAAGUAGAUAAAGCCUGGCUUGUGCAAAAUUCUGAAUAUGGAAUUUAAAUUCAAUUCAUUUGAAUAAUUUACAUUUCAACUGAAUUGGCUCCACCCCAUAGGAUGUUGAAUCAGAAUUUGAAUUACAGAACGUUUAAAUAAUUUGAGUUUUAAUUCAGUGAAAUUCCUUAUAGCCAGGAAGAAUGUGACACAUUUACGUGUUUGUAAAAAUAUUUUACAAACACUAAAAUUCAACACAAAUGAUUACUUCCCAGUCUUAUUUUCCAAAUCCCAGUAUAGAAAUUAUUUUUUCAGCAUUGUCCAAAAUGUGAAAGUUGUAAUGCAUCAAAUGAGAUAAUCUGAAUAAUAGAAGAUGCUUUUAUUCUUGUCAAUUAAAAACAUUUUGUCGUUGAAAUAUAAUUGGUACGUAAGGUAAAAAGAAAUGUGUAUUACAGUCUGAAUUAGCUAAAUUGACUUUAUAAUGUGUAAAUGAGGUUGAUAGUAUUAGUAUGUUUAUAAAAUAUGUAAAAUGGACUGUAAAGCAUGAUUUUGGAAUACACCAAAAAUAUAAAUUGUAAUUUCUUUUUUACUUACUGCUUAGAUGCAACAUCCAUUCAAAUUCAUAGAAUUUAAUUUGAAUUCGGAAGACUUUCUUAAUACAAUUUGGAAUUUUGCUAAAGCCUGGAUAAUGCUAAACCACUCAUGAAACUUCAAAUGCAGCUACUGUGAGGAAAUAAAAAGCCUGCCUACCGCUACAAAUGUCAUUGAUAAUGUUUUUGGUUUUUUUUGCUCUUCUCUAAUCAUAGACCAUUUUGCAGACUACGAGACUGAAUUGAACAGAGGUGUUAAUUGGAGCACUUACGGUAGACAAUUACUCGACCAAAUCUUUGUUUUCUUCUUGUUUUUUAUUCAUGAUUGACGUUCAAUCAAUCAAUCAAUGUUUAUUUAUAUAGCCCUAAAUCACAAGUGUCUCAAAGGGCUGCACAAGCCACAACGACAUCCUCGGUACAGAGUCCACAUUGUCUACAAACACGUUGUUGUUUUCAGACGCCUUGCUUUGCAAUAGCCGCGCGACCUCAUCCAAAUGUGUCGUCCAACCCUGGGAACUGGUUGUAAAAGAGUGUUUAAAUACAGUACAUGUUUUGGUUUUGUUUUUCCGUGGGAAUGUAAGGCUGCAUCUCUUGAGUCUCCUCAGCAAAGAGUGUCAAAGCCACCGUGCCUUCUGUUUCAAGCACUUCCUGGUGUUUUUUGUACAACUCACCAAAAGCCGAUAGCGACACGCUUCUUCCUGUCUGUCCUUCCGUCGCCCCCUCACCCCCCUUAAGUACAGACCUUAAACAGGGUCACUAGGCCCAACAUGUAUUGACCAAAGCCCGAGUCAAAGACUAAUGGGUAUAUUUAAUCUCUUAAAUUGCCAAAAUCUGUCCGACGUGACACUAAAGCUCAAUGAAGACUAAUAAUCCCAUCUUCCAUCUUGCUCGUCCCUUGAGUUCCUGGUUGUCCAUAAACUGAAGGUGACGUAUCUGCUACCGAGGCCUUUAUUAUUAUUAUAAGAGAUAAAUCUUUGUGUGUGUGUGUGUGUGUGUGUGUGUGUGUGUGUGUGUGUGUGUGUGUGUGUGUGUGUGUAAGUGGGGAAACAUUCUUUCCAUAAUGAUUAUUGAAUUAUUGUUUCAGCGUCGAAAAGAAGGUUAAAAGAAAAUUUACAAGAAAUGUCUUGUUGAAUGUUGUACAGAUAGAGCUUAGAGGUGUCGUUCGUUGUGUUGUUUUUCUUUCAAAUGAGAGCACAAACCUGAGUGCUGGUCCUUUUGGCUCCUCCCACCGGCAUUUUGGGAUUAAAAUAAGACUGCCAAUCAUCCCCCCCAAACCAGAGCACAAUUCAAAACAAUAAUGUUUUGAAUGUACCGUAUGUGAAAUGCACUGUGCCUCAAACGCAUGGUCCCAAAUUUAUAAUCCAAUUUUUGGACACCUUGAAUAUUUGUUGCACCUUAUCUCCUGCCUGUCAAUCAAUCAAUCAAUCAAUGAGGGUAAAGUAACGUUGAGGAGGCGAGUGGGCCAUGCCAGGUUUGGGCUCUUGUGUAGUUGACUGCCAUUGCAGUGAGGAUCAAAGUGAUCUAACAUAGUAGUGACUAAUAUGAAUUUGUGGACAGAUGAAAAAAGAAUACAUUAGAAAUAAAGAUAAAUAUUAAAUGAA